GUAAUGUUUUUAAAGUAGCCGUGACACUUGCAAUGAAAAGUUUAAUGUUCAAUACUGCUCGUGCUUUCGAUCUGUAAACACAGCAACUUAAAUGUGAAUCAUACAAGUCUUCGAAAAAUUUAACUUUUAUUCGAAUUCUACUGUGAUAAUUUUACAUCGUCGUAAAAAUAUAUUGCUAUUUCAUAUGAUAGAGAAGAAAAUAUUUUUCUAAUAUUUUGUAUCACCUCAUCAUGCGCACAAUUGAGUAUGGGACAACGACUCACGUCCCGGCAUUUUUGACUAAACUUUGGAAAUUAGUCACUGAUGAGUCUUGUGAUGAACUAAUAUGUUGGAGCCUAGCUGGUACUAGCUUCAUUAUAUAUGAUGAAAUUCGAUUUUCAAAAGAAUUGCUGCCGAUGUAUUUCAAGCACAAUAACAUGGCCAGCUUUGUGAGACAACUAAAUAUGUAUGGCUUCAGAAAACUCAGUUGCAUAGACCAAGGAGGCAUGCAUUGUUACAAAAACGAAAUUGAGUUUUACCAUCAGUAUUUUCUUAAGGGUCAAGAAUCCUUGCUAGAGCUUAUUAAAAGGAAGAUUCCAAAUAGUCGAACAGAAGAUCCCAAAAUAAAGCAAGAAUACAUUGAUGAACUAAUAUCAAACAUAAAGUCCUUGAAGGGAAAGCAGGAUAGUGCUGAGCAGGGCAUGCGGCAUCUCAAACGGGAAAACAGAAUGUUGUGGAGACAAGUUAACAUGCUUUCAGAAAGAUACACAAAGCAGCAAACUGUUUUGCAACAACUUCUUCCCUUUUUCGUCAAUAUGGUUCGAUCAAGCAGAGAAAUUGCAUUAAAACGCAAAUCGCCACUCAUGAUUGAUGAAGGAGAAAAACAGCAGAAAAUGGCAAGAAUGUCCCCUCCUUAUUAUGUUCAGCUCAACGACCAGGAUUCAAAUCAUGGAAUGCCUUCAUCACCAGGUAAUGUUACUAAUAGUGGACCUGUUAUUCACGAAGUUACAGAGAUGGAAAAUAGCAAGAUGUACCCUGGCAGCAUUUUAUGCUCCUCCAAUACCACUACGUCUAAAGAAUGUGAAGCAAUUGUCGAUAGCCCUUUAUCUUGUAACUUAGAAAGCUCAGAGCAGACCAUUGACACGCCAUUUACUGAGCCUGCUUCGAUGGAGACGCUUAAUAUAAUAAACCAAAACUUUGAGAGUCGAAGCCGUAGCAGUUCUAUGAGCUCUAUUCACUCUCACGUUAGCAUCUCAUCACUGAGGUUACCAUCUCCGAAUGCAGUGCCGUCAACCUCCAUGAGUCCACCUGCUAACAUCUCUAACUCCUCACUACGCCUACCAUCUCCGAAUGCGAUGCCAUCUCCAAGUGCAAUCCCGUCAUCUUCAAGUCGAGUGUCCAGUUUCUCUGCUCUGAGAAACAUUCCCCCCACUGUUAUUAUUGACGAAACGACAUCUGAUGUUCCAACAAUAUCUGACACCUUGAUACAUUCCUUUGUUCCUAAAAUCGAAGAUACAUGCACAGAUAGUGGAAUGUAUACCAUGGAUUCCCUCAUGAGCAACAGAUCUCCAAGUGUCAUUGCUGAAAGUUCUGCAUCCAUGAUGAGCAAGCCAGCACCCCUUUUGAAUGAAACAACACCAACUUUGUUGAGUCAGAGGUUAUUGAAUUCUGAAGCAACUUCCAUGAUGAACGCACAGUUGCCAGCAUCUUCUUCAAACAAUGGGAGCAAGUUUGUGCCAAGUUUUGCACCACUUAUUAAAGGCACUGGAUCUGAAAUGAAUUGGAUGACAAAUCAGGGUGCAUCUAGCUCUUUUGCUCCAGAACAGAAUUUUGAUAACUGGCUAGGAGUAAGUAAACAAAUUUUCAGAACUGAUAACCUUACUGCAGGAUGUAGCUUGCCUUCGGCCAAUAAUGGAACUUACGUGUAAACAAUCAAGAUCAGAAGUGUAGUGGCAUACAUCGUUAAUCAUACUGAUUUGGACUGUGUUGCUGGCUGAUUAUAUUACUCUUUUUCUGACUUUGGUGUUUGUAGCAUAUACUUAAAGGCCUAGCCUAUAACUUUAGGUGGAUGAUUGAUAUUUUGUAUAAAAUUUUUGACUAAACUGUAAAUCUCACUUAAGUUAAAUCUGCAUGCAUGCUAUGGGGUUAAAUUUAUAUGUGGGCAUGACAUAUUUUCUACAGAGUUUUUUUUAACGAAAUUGGUAUUAAUUGUAAACGGUAUUCUAAAAUAAUUAUAAAAACAACACACUUGUAGAUGUAAAUAGAUAAAGUUUGUAUUCAAAGUUGUAACUUAGAGAUCAAUCGUCUCAAAAUGUUUGUCUUUAUUGCACAUCUCUUUUUUUAACUUGUAUGCAAAUUCAGUUCAUGGAUUACUUUUUCGAUGUUGAAAUGACAUUAAAAUUUUUUACAAUCUUUAUCAUCUGCAAUUCUAUAAAACACUCUGUAGAAAACUUUUUUAUUUACUUUAACUCUUUGGGGUUGCUAAUUGAUUACAAAUGAGUGUGAGAAAAUUUGACCUUUCUCAGUCACUUUUCCAUUCAAGAUUUAGAGUCAAUAUAUGGAUCCUGUUUGACCUUUCUCGGUUACUUUUCCAUUCAUAUAAUUGAAAUAUAUUGUAAUAAUUAUGUAGAUUGAAGCCUAUCUAGCUUCUGAUACGUGGGUACCAGUUUGUCUGGGAAACGAAGGUAGUUUGCGAGCGAUACUGACCUCAUUGCUGCAAUCAUGCCAUUUGUCACAAAAUUGUCGAGCCUUAACGUCUAUGAUCCCACUGGCCUAUUGCAGGAUUAUAAUCAUAAUUAUAUAUAGAAUAUAAAUAAGCUUAUCUUAUUCUCUGUGCUACGUUCCAAGUAAUUGCGAUUAACAUCAAGUUGCAACUGCACUGUGUCAAUAGCGAUCCCAAAGGGUUAAAUGAGCAGAUGUUUAUAUAAUAUCUUAGUUCUAAAAUAUCAAGUUUAAAAAAGAACAGCAUGCUUUGUAAAUUUGUGUACUUUUUGGUAUUUAUUGUUAUCAAUUUGAAAUUUUUCUUCCAAAAUGCUUUGAAUGGUAUGGUUUAGUUAAAGACUUAAAAUGUUUUUGUUUCUGAAUUUCUAGUUCUGUGUUGUCUUUUGUACUGGUGUGUAGCAAAAAGAUGUAGUUGAAGGUUUUUAAAGCAUAUUUUGGAGGGUAACAGUCUUGUAAAACUGUUCAUCGUUAUGAUUAAAUGUGUAUGUUUCAUGAUGAAAUGUAGCUCGGCUGCAUUUAAUUUUGUAAUUUUAUUUCAUCUGUAUCAGAUGAUCAAAUGCAAAUUAGUUGUUAACUAUGCAAUUUGUAUUUUAUGUCAUAUUUUAGAAGUAUAUUGCUUCUUUAUAAAGCAGAAAACAAUGAUGUGCCAUUUCAUAAGGCAUUUGAUAUCUUUCAAUGAGAGCUUCCAUUUAAAAUGUUACAAUUUAAGAAGUAUUUAUCAAUUGCAAAAAUUUGAAAAAAAAAAUGUUUUACUUCUAGAAUUAAACAGCUUUUUAAGUGCUGAUUUUUGAAAUUUUUUAUUUAAUUUUUAAAAAAAAAUAAAGCAAGUUAAAUAUAGGUGUAAAACUUUUUGCACAGUCAAUAUAUAUUAUGUAAAAAAGAUAACAUAAAAUAACUAUAGUUACCCUAAAAUAAUUAUUUACAUCAUAUUGUAUUUUACAUUGCUAUGUGUUUGAAAAUUAAUUUCAAAUAUUAAUUUUUAAUUAAAUUCUGAAACUAAACUUAAAUGCAAAUUUUUUUUUUAAAUAAAGUAAGUUGAAUACAGAUGUAAAACUUUGUACACAGUCAAUGUGUAUUAACUAAAAAAAGGUAACGACAGUUACCCUGAAACAAUUACACACACCAUAUUCUAUUUUAAAUUACUUUUUAUUUAAAAAGUUAACUUUUCUCUAUACUCUACGAUAGUUUGAAACUGAUAUUGGCAAUGAAAACUUGCAUGAAGUUAGACUUACCAUUGUUUCAAUUUUUGACUUCAAAAUAAUUAAAAUUAUGAGUGUCUUUUUGAACGUGGAUUCAUAAAAGAUUAUUUUAAAGAUUUGUUUCUUUUUUUCUUUGUCUUUAUAUUUUUAAGUGUGUAUUCAGAAUCUUGCAUAUUUUAAAGUUAUAUCUUUCUUUCUCAUUGAUGUCUUCCUGCUUCAUAAUGAAGAUAAGUUUUAACUUGAUAAUUAAAAGGUUUCAACUUUUUGCUGAAGCAAGUUUGGGGAUAAAAAUUUUGUAUAAUUAUUGCGUUUCUGGUUUAAUGGAAUUCAUUAAAUCAUUAAAAACAGGCAUAGCAAAGAUGUGUCUUUGUAAAAUGGUAGGUUUUAUGUUCGAAAGCCUACUUAAGAACACUGAACAUUUAAUUGUGUUUUCAAAACCUGUGAAAUGUGUUCGUUCUUUUAAAAAAAAAUGCUGCAUGAUUAUAAGAGAAAUUUUGAUAUCGUCUGCAGCCCAACAAAAUCAUGAAUGUGCAGAAAAAUUGCUUCUGAAACAAAACAAAAACAUAUUUAAAUAUUUUCGAUUCUAUUAACAAAAUAAAAGUAUACAUGUGUACUAUUCAAAUUGAUAUUUUAGUUGAAAUGUUCACAUCCGUGUCAACGACUAAGAUACAGCAUUGUUUACUAAUUGAUAAAUCAUUCUUCAUAAAUUUGUACAUUCGUGGUUUUAGCACUUUGCCCAGAAUACAAUAAUAUAAUUCAAACUGUUAAAAUAAUAUAAUAGCUAUUUAAUAUCAAAUAAAAUUAAAAGCUAGACAUUCUUGUCAUAGCUAUAUUUUAAUUUAUUGAGAGUCUUUACUUUUACUUUUCAUGCUUGUUAAGAUCUAAUUUUGUAUGAUGUAUUAGUAUUCAUACAGAUUGGACCAAUGAAAAUUUACUCAUGUAAUAAUGUCAGAAAUUUAGCAGCGGUAGAAGCGCCACCUAUCUGGGUUAUAAAGGAAAGUAGGAAAAGCAUAUGACAGUGUAACAAACGUAACCAUUUAAUGUGAAAACAUUGUUAAGGAUUAAAAUUAUGUCUAAGUCUCAUGCCUUCCAACAUAUGUUUUUUUCCCCCAGUGAAAGUGAAUCAAAACAAAAGGUUUCCAAACAAAUAGUAUUUUUACAACAUUUUUAUUAGAAUUUAUGGCCAUGACCAUGAGACUAAUUGAUCUUUUAUAAAUCCAUUUAAAUUAUUUUAUGUGUUGUGGUAUGCAAAAUUCUUUUAAUUUUUUAAAAUAUUAGUUUAUCCUUUAGUAACACUGAGUUUCUGAAGCUACAUAAAUUUUAACGCCAUUCCAUCAUAUUCGUUCAUCAAAAACGGUACUUUCUUUAAAAGCCGUCAUUGGACCAUAAAAUCAGUCACUAAACCUUAGCUAUUGUCACUAAAAUCGGUCCUACUGUGCUCUACACAUCCAUCUUCAUCAGGACUUAAAAUCCAUUUUAUAUAACUGCUUAAUCCAUGGAUGGGCAAAUAGCAGCCUCAAUUUUUUUUGUGGUCAGCAUGUUAUUGACAUUAUAAAAAGACAAUGAGAAAAAUUCCCCUUUUGCAAGUGUGUAGAGGAGGGUUCCAUUGGGGAACCAUUUACAUCCGUAUUAGUCGUAUUUUUCAAUUUAUUUUUUUUGGUACUUUUUUAACUAGGACUUUUUCUUAAUUUAUUGUUAAUUUUUUUUUCUUUCCAAAUCCACGUUAUUUACUCUAAUUUUUUAAAUAAGAAAUGAAGUUUAGUGCACAGUUAGAUUUGUUGCUGCUAGCAACCAAACCGCUAAGGAUUCACAAAAGAUCAACUAAAGCAAGAUUAAAUUUGCUUAAGAGAUAUUAACUUACAUUCAACUAACAGCUCUUGAUUUCAAAAAGAUUGUAAAAAAGUGUUAUGAGAGUGAGUGAUUCUAAAAUUAAACUUGUUUGUAGCCAUAAGUGUUAUAAAAUUUAAACAAUGAAAUAAAUUGUAUCAAACUUCUACUACUGUAUUUAAUUUAUUUUAAUUGAUAUUUAUGGUUCAAUUUAAUCUUUUCUGACGUGCAAAGUUAACUACUGAAUGCAAUAUACAAUCGUUUUUAAAAGUACAACCCUCCACGUCAAAGCAAAUGCCCACCCCUGAAUUAAUCAGUUAUACCGUAUAUGUAGUACACUCCUCAUAUCUUCCUUUAUAACCUUGAAUCCAAUGGCUUUCAGAGGUGAAAAAAUGCUAGGGACGAAUUUCUGGAUUAGAAACUAAGAAGGGCAAAAAAAUUUAAAAGAAAAACGUUGGUAAGAUUUAUGUUAUAAUAAAAAUCUAAAUCCAAAUAUUAUUCAAUGGUUAUAUAUAUAUAUAUAUACUUAAAUCUGAAGAAUUUUUAAAUUUGUUUGAAAAUCAUAGCUUAAUUCAAAUGUUAAAAAGCAUAAUUUCAUUAAAAAAAUAAAUAUGCAAUGGAUUUUAAAAUUUUAGUUUAGUCAUUGAUUGGAUGACCCCUUUUGAUGAAAGACCUCCUAGGACAGUUGCCCCCUUUCCCCCCCCCCUUCUCUGCAUGCCAUUGGAGAAAUGGUGGCAACCUUAAUAAAUAUCUAUGCAAUUGAUAAACGUCACUCACAAGCUUAGCAGUUUUUUUUUUAAAUUUAAUUAUUUGGGAUUUUGGUCCAGUUAUUUGAUUUUAAUGUUUGAUGAACUUCAACAUUUGUAAACUAAAAAUUGCUGUCGAAAAUAGUCUCCUGUAUCAGGAAUAAAUAUAUUUUUAAUGACAUAAUGUGCCUUGAUAUUUAUCAUCUGUAUUUGUGUAUUUAAAAUGCAAGCAUUCAUAUAUUAACGUCUGUUCUGUGUAUUCGUGUUUUAGCAUUUGAAUGUGAAAAUAAACUAAAAACUGUAAACCCAGUUGUAAACAACAAAAAAAUAAUAAAAUUUUAAAAAUCAAAA